AUGACUUAUAAUGCUUCGCUAAAUUUCAAGGUGCCGAGUUCUCAACACAGCAAGUUUUAUCUUGAACAUUCAAGGCCUUUUAGCUCUUAUGCCACCAGCAAUGCUUCUGUGGAUGAAAAGGCUGAGACCGAUGAAGUUGAUAACCAAGCGUUACCAAUACCAGCGUAUGAGCCACCUCAGAAGUUGACUUAUGCUUUUGAAAUUCCUCUUGUCAGUGACAAGAAAAACUCAAAGAUAAGGAGUAUCAAAUUAUCAAAAAUAGAACACAGAGAUAAUGAAACUCCCUCCUUCUCACGACCCAUUUCUUCUCCAUCUCAGCUUCAAACCAUCUGUAACAUCAUCGCGACGAUGCUUGAAAGGGACAAUGCCCUGGUUGCUCGCCUUGAGUUAAUCUCCCUAUCGCUUUUUAUUCUGACGGCAUCGGUGAUUUCCAGCAAGAUGUCUCUGGCGCCUGUAAGGGGAAGAGAGGGAUAG